UUUUCGUUUCUUUCCCGCGCGUGGUUUCUGGAAGUUCCGCCAAACCUUGGAUUUGGUUCUGCUGUCUGGCUUCGAUUCAUGGAACUGUCGUCCGUUAGGGCUCAAACGAGUUCAUAUUUGAGACACGCGGCUCUUUUCUCCCAAUGCACCAAUGCUCGAAUCUCCAAUCACCGGCAUGUGCAACGAUCAUUCGCGUUUAGGGUUUUGUUGAGGCUCUGCUUCAGUUGAUCUUUCUGUAGAGGUUGUUGACUUGAAAAGUAAAUAAUGGGCCUGUCAACUGCUACUACUGCCGUUUCCGAGGCCAUUAAACUCUGCGUAUUUGAUUCAAGGAGAGGACAACAGGAGGGUCAAGAGCUGGAUAAGAUAUUGUUUUUCUAUCCAGCCGAUUUACCCUUUACCAAACAAUUGUAUAUUAUUGGGCUCAGUGAAGGACUUGUCACAUUUACAAGAACAUUCUCCCCAGAGGCAGCUUGUGAGGUCAUUGAAGCAGAGAAGCACUCUCAUGUAUUUUUUGAGGCGGAGCCAUAUAUAUAUGGAUGGUUUUGGUACAGUUUUGUAGUGGAGAAAAACAAGGAGGUACAAGCAACUUGGCGGAUGGAUGCAUUGCAGAAGCUUCUGAAGGAAAUUCACUCUCUUUUUCUAAUGUUUCACGGUCCUAUAAGGUUAUUACUUGAGAAACAACCCUCUGGAGAAGUUUCCAGAUCACAUUUGUAUUCCUUCAUCAUGGAUUAUUUGAGUGAUUUUCUUGUUGGUAAGAAAUUGCAGUUGCCAUCAUUUGUUGACUGUUUAAAGGAACGUGGAACUGUACAUAUGCUGACCAUAGGGCGGGAUGCUGCCAUUGAAGUUCAGGCACUUGUUAGAACACUUGAUUCUUGCAUUGGAAACGCGUUGUGCCACUCUCUGAUUUUAUUUCAGGACUUACUGGUGUCUACAUCGCUUUCACCUGAGGAUACUACAAAUUUAUUUUCAUAUGCUGUUCUGAGGUUAACUCCAAGUGUCUUAUCUUCUAGCGCAAGUUCUUGGUCCUAUUUAAUUAGAGGAAAUACUGUUUCUCAUGUCACCCAACAUGGAGGAAAUGUUGGUAAUCGUGUCAUACGACCCUUGCAGCAUGGAAAAUGGUCAAAAGGAAAGGAUGGUUUUCUAGAAACUGAUAUUUGGGGUAUGGAGGCAAGUGGCCGGGUCAAUUCUACCCCAAAAAUCUGGCCUUUUCAAACAGAGAAGCAAAUGUACUUGUAUGUACAUCAGCAUAAAAGCCUGACUCUGAUUCUUCUUGUUCCUGCUUCAUCAAUACCUAAUGGGGAACAAGGCAUUUCAAUCAUCAGGCAGUAUUUUCUUGAAAAUGCUUACCUGAAGAUCAUGACAGUUGAAGAAAAAUUGUCAAAAGGCUGGGGUGGGGAAAAUGCUUAUCAUGUUGGUGGGUAUCGUUAUUUACUGAUAGAUGGUGAUAGACAAAUAUCCAGGGCUUCACCUCCAGGAAAAGUUACCACCCUCACAAAGGAAUCUUUACUUGCCAUGAGCAAACUCAGAGAAAAGAUUGAUCUGGAGAAGAGUCGAGCAAAACAGGAUGGUGUUGGUGAGGAAAAGGAGGUGGAAGUAACUAUUAGAGCAAAAAACAAUGCAUGGGUUAUUUCUCGAAUCACAAGAAGGAAAGAGCUUUAUAUGGUUCUGGAGAAAGCCAACGAAACUGUACUCUAUGCCUCUGAUAUGGUGGAGAAAUUCAGCAACAGGUACUGCAAUGGAGCAUUCUCCUUAGAUUAGAGGAUCGUGUAUACGAACCUGUAUAAUGAAGAGCAGAGGUUAGACGGACGUGCGCAGUUCCUAGUUUUUGCUGCUUCGUAGUUGUAAAUUCCUAUUAACAAUAAGAUGAAUCCUCUCUCAUUUUAUGUUAGAAGAGAGGGGAUAUGUGAAAUGGACAUCGGCCUUCAAUUAUGGAGAGAAAGUUAGAAGCAUCCAUUUACUCCAAUUCAUUUAUUU